AUGAGUGAAGCCUUAUCACUCAAUGAUCCUUCUUCCGAAGUAGAGUAUGAUUUGGGAUCGAUGCCUUUGGAAGAAUUAAUUGAACUAUAUGAAAAGAUGGAGAAUGAUCGGAUUGACUUGGAAAAAUUAAAUGAAAUUGUUUAUGAAAUUUGUGAUGUGUACAUGGUAGAAAAUAAUGAAGAGAAAGUCUUUGAAUGGAAACUCAAGGCAGCAGAGAAGGGAAUUGUAGAUGCUCAAGCAAGUGUUGCAGAAAUGUAUGAUGAAGGGCGUGGAGUUUCGGCCAAUUAUGAAAAGGCAUUGUAUUGGUUGAUUAAAGCAGCUGAGGGAGGUGAUUUGGAAUCACAAAUACUUCUUGGUUGGUAUUAUGAAAAAGGAAAAGGAAUGGAUCAACCAAAUAAUGAAAUGUCAUUUAAAUGGUAUAAGCAAGCUGCUGAUUUUGGGGUUGUUGAUGCCAUUCAUAGAUGUGGUUACUCACUAUUGAAGAUUGGAGAUGCUCAAGGUGCCAUGUCAUGGUUUAUAAAGGGAUUGGAGUGUAGGGAUGGACCAUCAAUGGUUGAGCUUGCAGAAAUGUAUAGAAGUGGUGAAGGAGUAGUUAAAGAUAUGAAGAAGUCGUUCGAAUAUUACGAAAUGGCAGCCAAAGUUGAGUGUAGACGAGGUCUUAUGGGUGUUGGAACGGCCUAUCAAUUUGGAUUUGGUGUUGGAGUGAAUUUUGAAAAGGCAAGGCAUUAUUUUGAAUUGGGUGCUUUACAGAACUGCCCCGGCUCAAUGAAUAAUCUUGCGGAUAUGUAUUGGAAAGGCGAGGGAGUCGAACGAAAUUUCCAAAAAGCCCUUGAAUGGGUUAAAAAAUCUAUUGAACUCGGUAGUUAUGAUGGAAUUGCAACAUAUGGAGAAAUGAUUUUGGCUGGUGAUGGUGUAGAACAAGAUUACAAUAAGGCAUUUGAAAAUUUCAAAAUUGCAUCAGAAAACAACUGUUCCUUUGCACAUGCCCUUCUUGGAAGAAUGUAUGAAAAUGGUUGGGGAUGUGAAAAGGAUAUUUCCAAAGCUUUUCUAUUAUAUCUGAAAGGAGCAAAAGAAUAUGAUGAGGCAGCAGUCGAGAGAUUGGAAUCAACAUUUAAGACUUCCUUGUAUAAAAAGUCAUUUCAUCUUUGUGAUGUGGUGAUUACAACUGAACCAUAA